GCAAGACACACGUAUAUAUAUAGGUGGGCAAGAUACGUCUUUACGUCAUCAAACGUGGACAGGAAGUAAUCUGAAGCAUUGGACAUCAUGGCAGAAUACACAGACCCACACGACGAUAGAGCUGCCGAGGAGAUGCCGGAACUCUCUGAUGGAGAUGAUGACGCUGAUGAUGACCAGUGGCAGUGGAUGGAGGAAGGCAAUCAGCCAGUUACUUGUCUGUUCUGUGACAGAUUGCUAAGCUCUGUAGCCGCCACCCUGCAGCAUUGCACAGCUGAACACCAGGUCAACCUUGCAGAUGUAAUAAGAAAACACAGAUUAGAUGAUUAUGGCUACAUAAAAAUGAUCAACUUCAUACGGUCAACAAAAUGUAGCUCAUCUUGCCUGUCAGGGCUGCCAGAUGGCCCCCUACCCUGGGAGAGUGAAGACUUCUUGCGACCAGUGUUGCAGGAUGACCCGCUUCUUCAAACGGACCCUGAGGAGCUCUGUAGCGGUGAGGGGACGUGCUCGUCAACAUGUCCGUCGUCCAGAGCUGAGCCUCACGAUGUCCUCCUGCACAAGGCACAAGCUGCUGAGGAGAGAGCUCGCUGUUCAGAAGAGGCACUGGCUAGAGCCAUGGAGGAUCUACACAAACUCAAGCUCCUGGCCCAGGGUUUGGUGCUGAAUGCAGAAACCAGUAAACCCAGUAACCUGGGCACUGUGGCUGAGCUUCGUGAGGAUGAGGACGAGGCCUACUUUAGCUCCUACGGUCAUUAUGGCAUCCACGAGGAGAUGCUGAAGGAUAAAGUGCGCACAGAGAGUUACCGUGACUUCAUGUACAGCAACCCUGAAGUGUUCAGGGACAAGGUGGUGCUUGAUGUGGGCUGCGGGACUGGCAUACUGUCCAUGUUUGCUGCCAGAGCCGGGGCCAAAAAGGUUCUUGCAGUGGACCAAUCAGAAAUCAUCUAUCAGGCCAUGGACAUCAUCAGGUCCAAUCAGCUGGAGGACAAGAUUACUCUGAUCAAAGGCCGCAUUGAAGACAUCAAGCUCCCUGUGGAGAAGGUGGACAUCAUUGUCUCCGAGUGGAUGGGUUACUUCUUGCUGUUCGAAUCCAUGAUGGACUCUGUCCUGUAUGCCAGAGACCUUUACUUGGCUGAUGGUGGCUCAGUUUACCCAGAUGUUUGUAGCAUCAGCCUGGCAGCUGUUGGAGAUAAACUGAAGCACCAAGACCGUAUUGCAUUCUGGGACGAUGUGUUUGGCUUCAACAUGGCAUGCAUGAAGAAGGCUGUGGUGCCCGAGGCUGUGGUGGAAGUAGUGAGAGCAGACACACUUAUUUCUGAACCUACAGUCAUACAGACCUUUGACUGUAACAGUGUGUGCUUGUCAGAGCUGGAGUUUACAUCAACUUUCUGCUUGAAGAUAACAAACAGCACAGACUGCACGGCAAUUGUCGGCUACUUUGACAUUUUCUUUGACAAAGGCUGCAGCAACAAGGUGAUGUUCUCCACAGGUCCUCAGGUCACAAAGACACACUGGAAGCAGACUGUCUUCCUUUUAGAGAGGCCCGUGUCUGUUCAAGCCGGGGAGGAGCUGCAGGGAAAGAUCAGCGUGCGUAAAAACAAGAAGGAUCCUCGUUCGCUGUUGGUCACCAUCGACCUCCGAGACAGGAAACAGACUUACAGCCUGCAGUAACGUUAGCCAUCACAUGAUGCAGCCAACCAAUUUAGUUACCUUUUUUUUUUUCUUCUUCUUUUUUUCAUCUAUGCGCACAUUUAAAACAAAACACAAUUAAAUACUUGAUUUUAAUAUUAGAAAUGCUGGUUUGUGUCUAUUUUUUUAAACUAUCAUAUGACAUCUUCUUUUUGUUGAUGUGUUUAGAUGAUGAUGUAUUAAAACCAGUGAUCUGAGUC